AUGGAGGAAGGAGUCCGCGAAUGUAAGACGACGGCCGUAAAGAAGGAAUACGGAAGCCGAGAAAGAGCCGAGAAUUUGAGGAGGGAGCCGGGAAAAGGCGAAGAUUGCUUUGAGCCGGAGAGUUCAAUGGCUGAGAGUAGGCUCCGGGCUCCGGACCUAGGGGUUCAGCUAGGAGUUUCCAGUUAUCUGAGAAAAUGCCAGAAGAGUUCACCAGAUGCUCGGAGGCAGCCCUUUUCUGGAAAGUCCUUCUACUUGGAUCUGCCUGCUGGCAAGAAUCUCCAGUUUUUGACAGGGGCCAUCCCCCAGCUGGGUGGGGUAAUUGAGGGUUUCCUGAGCAAAGAAGUAAGUUACAUCGUGUCCAGCCGCAGGGAAGCAAAGGCGGAGAGCAGUGGGACAAGUCACAGAGGCUGCCCCAGCCCCACUGAGGUCAGAGUGGAAACACUAUCUCUGGCCGAUCCAAAAAGUGGCCACUCGAGGCCUUCACAGAAACCCGUGGACUCGGUGCCUAUGAGCAGAGGGAAGGAGCUACUGCAGAAAGCCAUCAGAAACCAGGGGAGCAGCAGCGGAGGAGGUAGCGGGAGCAGCAGCAGCCUCCUGACCAAUGCCCGCUCGUGGGGCGUGAGGAUUCUGCAUGUGGACGAAAUGAUGGUGCAUGUGCAGCAACUGUCUCUUGAUGCUUUGUGUGUGAAGAAAGAAGGGCCAAAGAAGCCAGAGGGAACACGUCCAGCAGAGUCAAGAACACGGAAAGUGGGCAGACUGAAGGCACCAUUCCUCAAAAUUGAAGAUGAGAGCAGGAAGUUUCGUCCGUUCCACCGUCAGUUUAAAUCCUUUCCUGAAAUUUCUUUUCUGGGACCCAAAGACGCAAGUCCCUUUGAGGCCCCGACGACCCUGGGCAGCUCGCACCAUACCAGAGAACCCAAGGACCUAGAGCCAAGCCCACGGUCAGCCGCCCGCACCGCGCCCGGGAGGAAGAGAGGCUACUGCGAGUGCUGCCGAGAGGCCUUCGAGGAGCUCCAUGGGCAUCUGCAGAGCACCCAGCACCAGGGCUUUGCCCUGGAAGCCCAUCUGUACGCAGAAGUUGAUUGCAUCAUCGCCCAGCUCAGCCACGGCUUUGUGGACAUCCCCUUCCAGGCCAGCCUCCCCAGGCAGCCAGGCUCCCCGGCUUCGGAUUGUGACCCUCUGUGUCCUGAGACUCCGCCUCCCAGCCAGCCCUCCCAUCCCAGGGCAGCAUGUCCCAGGAUGAGGGAGGAAGACAACCACCAGGUCCCAGGCGCCCAAGAGCAGGAGGGGAAGGUGGGUGGCAUGAAGGCACCAGCUGAACCUGUGGAGGCUGGCGAAAUACCCGGACCAGUAGCAAGCUGCCAGGAGCUGGGGGCGUCGGCUGAUGUCGUCGUGGACCCCCCAGGGACACCAGUAUCCAGGAGCCCUACUUGCCAGCACCUCCAGCCCAGCUCUGGCUUUGCAGCCCUCUCCUCUGGCCUAGACCGGGAACUUAUUGGCCACAAGCGGAAGGUUCAGUUCCCCAGUGGCAAUGCCGAGAAGAGGCCAGGAAUCUCCUGGCCACAGACCUCAUUCUUCGUCCCGAGAGCCCCCAGCCCCUGUGGCACCAGGAUAAGUGGUGGCAGGCAUCUCCUAUCCCUUCCCCCUUCAGGCCAUGAGCCCAGCCCUCCGGCCUCCCCCCUGCCCUUGUGCCACCCACAGACCUGCCUCUCCCUCCCAGAUGCCUUCCCCUGGCAGUCAACAGAUAGGCCAGCCGAGUUCUGGGCCACACAGGCCCCCUGGCCUGGGGGAGGCUGGCCCCCAGGAUCUCAGGAUUCUGCGUGUGCAGUCCCUGGCCCUGCCUCCCAGCAGGCUGACCAGCUCCCCAGCUGCCCUGCAGCUCCAGGCCAGCUGUCAGCCCACCUGCACUCAGCUGUGGGCACACAGCCCCCAGAAGGACCUGCAGAGAGCCAGUCUACCUCUCUUUCCCCACCCUCUGCCAGCCAGUGGGGAAACCAGCUGCUCCCAAUGGUUCUGGGCCCCCCAGCCUCUCCCAGUACCCUGCUUCCCUGUCUCCCAGCCCCAGCCCAGUGCUGGGAGAGGACUGCUUCUAGCCCCAACGAGCCCUCGCCCUCACCGCCUCCCCAGACGCAGGCCUGGACCUUUGUUCUCACCUCUGUGCACUGCUGCUUUCAGACGUGA